AUGAAGGCUGUCCUCAUAUUCUUGGUUUUAACUCAAGCCAGAGGAAAGAUAAUUCAAACGUGUCCGCAAUAUUGUACGUGCAAAAUUGGAGCGCAAGCAGAAUGGUUGCGCGUUAAAUGUGGUAAUGAAUUACAAAAUAUUAAAAGUAUUAAUAUUGAUAUUGUCAGCGUGGAAUUAGUACAAUUAGAUUUAAGCAAAAAUAAGAUUUAUACCAUUGAAGCUAAUACAUUUAAAAAUUUGACAAACCUAAAACGUUUGGAUUUAUCCCAAAAUAAUGUAACAUCUAUCGGAGAAGGCUGUUUUAACGGUCUUGAAAAUUUAGAAAGGCUGGAUUUAAGUAAGAAUCAAAUUUCAACCAUAGAUGCUUAUUCGUUUCGAAAAUUAACAAAUUUAAAAAGACUCGAUUUGUCAGGAAACAACAUAAGUAUUGUGAUACCAUCAUUAUUUCAUGAUUUACUGGCUUUAGAGCACUUGAAAUUGAAUGAAAAUAGAUUAACAACUUUGAAGGAAGGUACCUUUUCUGGUCUUAAAUCGAUAAAGCAAUUAGACCUGUCUAAUAAUCCAUGGAUAUGUAAUUGCGAAUUAUUUUGGUUCAGCAAUUGGAUUUACAAGAGCUCCAUUAAAUUAAUUCCUGCUCCAAAGUGUGCAUCGCCCGCAAAUAUUAAGGGUGAAUUUGUGAGAAAAAUAAGAUAUUCAGAGAAUAUUCAGUGCCAAUGGUUGCCUCCUACGAUCGAACUUUGGCCAAUUCACAAUCAAGUAGUUUUUGUUGGAGAUUCAUUAACUUUAAAGUGUAGAGCACCUAGUAUUACAGAAGAUAGAAAUGCAAAAUUGAGUUGGUUAUGGUAUCCUAAUACUACCAACGAAGUUAUGGAUUUAAAUACAUUUACAGAUCCGCAAAUAAGUUUAUCCAAUAUUAAAAUCGAUAAUAGAUACCUGACAGACAGUGGCAUCGUGGACAGUUCUCUUAGUAUUGUUUCGGUCAAAGAAGAACAUAACGGACAAUGGAAUUGUUUAUUAGUAUCUGUAAAUGGUAAUAGAUCGAAAGCAAUCAGCGUAAUCGUUAUUUCUGAUCAAACUCGUUAUUGUCCUUUAGUAGUAACUAAAAACAAUAAAGGCAUUUAUACAUGGCCUAGGACAGUGGUAGGAUGGAAAGCAGAAUUACCUUGCGAAGGCAACCAUUUAUCUGGUGUAAUGCAAAUAUCUUCGAAAGCUUCCUACUUUUGUAAUGUCACAGGUUACUGGGAAAAUUUAAACACGGAGUUAUGUCCAUACAUAUCGCACACAACCAAAAGCUUGGAACAAUUUUCCAAGGUUAAUCUUUCGCUCGCAAAAAUCAAUCUGAUAGAAGCUGUGAAAAAAUUAAAAAAUUAUACAGGGCAUGGAAUAAAACUAACUGAUCCUGUUGAAGUAAAUUUUAUAACACAAACUAUAGAAAAUUAUUUAAAUUUUCUAACCGAGGAAAAAGAACUUGGUUCUUUAUUAAUUGAUGUUAUUAGUACAGUAAUUAAUUUACCCAAAAGUAUCUUAAAAAGGGCCGAAAUUUCUUUUAAAUCUUGCUCACGGCUGAUAAAGGCUGUAGAAAAAAUUGUAGAAUUUACUCCAUCAAUACAAUCUUACAAAAAGAAUAUGGCACUGGAGGAAUUUAGAAUAAAACGCAGCGGUUUUACCGGCUUGAUAUGUACAUGGUAUUCAAAUGCUGCUUUUGCAAGCGAUUCAGAAUCAAAAUUCUUACAGUGCACGACAAACAAUAGAACUACUCCUAUUAAUAUAAAAGACAGAAUAAUCGAAGCUUCGAUACAUCUGCCUGCAUCUUUGUUGGAAUAUUCGCAAGAAGCUGUUGUUCAUCAAGUAAUGAUUUCUGUAUACAGUAAUAACAGAUUGUUCCCUAAACUCGUUAACACCGAUAAUAUGGAUAUUACAUCGUGCAUUAUUGGAAGCAAAUUAUUUGGAAUAUCAAUGAAAAAUUUAACCGAACCAGUAUACAUUAUGUUAAGAGCACCUUUGUAUUACUAUGCUGGAAAAAGAUUAUUACCCGUAGUUUGGGACGAAACGUUGAAUAAAUCGGGUGGUUGGACAAGUAAUGGAUGUUAUUUAAGAAAUAUGUUGAACAAUUUAAUAGUGUUUCAUUGUAAUCGAUUGGGAUAUUACGGUCUUUUACAAGAUACGUCGUACCUUGAUCAAGAUGGUAACAGUAUUACAGGAGCAACAUUUAAAUAUUUAAAUCCAGCAAUAUAUAUUGGAAGUAUUAUAACGAUAACAUGCUUAAUUAUUACAUGUGCAACGUAUAUUAUUUGUUACACAUCUAUCACUAUGCCUAAAAAAGCCAAACAUUGUGUUAUUAAUACUUGGUUUGCCAUGGCACUAUUAUCAUUCUCUUAUAGUGUUGGUAUACACCAGACAGAAAAUAUUCAAAUUUGUCAAAGUAUUGGUCUAACGCUCCACUACUUGUCUUUGUGUUCCCUAUUAUGGAUGGCAGUGUCUGCUAGUAACAUGUAUAAAAAGUUUACAAAAUCUGACCUCGAAGAUAUUCCAAAUAACGAAAUCCAGGAUCAACCGAUACCAAAACCAUUAUUGGGUCUUUAUUUAGUUGGUUGGGGUGUAGGUAUGAUAAUUUGUGGUAUAUCAGGAGCAAUAAAUUUACGAGAGUAUGCAGGAUACUCGUAUUGCUUCCUCUCAUCUGGUCCUGCUCUUGCUGCUCUUUUUCUUCCAGCUGGAAUUUUAAUUAUGUAUCUGAUCAUUUUUUAUUUGCUUAUUAAGUGUGCUAUUCAGAAUAUCGAUGUGAAUGCUCAAUUGUCUGAAGGUACACAAGCUACAGAGAACAUGGAUUUAGAAUUAUUGGAACCAAGCACAAAUUUAUCUACGAACAGAAAUAGUUUACACAGCACACAAGAUUCUUCUGAUAUUGUGGAUUCAGAACAUUCUCAAAUAACACAGUUAAAGGGCCAAAUUAUCAUGUUAAUUUUAUAUCUAAUAUCAUGGAUUGCCGCAGCGGCAUCAACUGUAAAACCAUUAAGUGCAUAUAUUUCUUUCGAUGAAAUUGUAUUUGCUACAUUAUAUUCCCUUUUCUCGAGUUCGCUUGGCAUUUUUGUUCUUUUCUUUUACGGAAUUAUACGAAACGAUGUUAGAUCACAGUGGUUAAAAAUGCGUUGCUGGCUUCAAAAGCGAAAAAAUCGAUGUUGUAGAACGAGAAGCAUCUCUGAUGCAAAUCCCGUAAUUCCAACGCAUCCUUUGGUACAACAUUUAGUACAACCAUUGUCUAAUUCUCAAGCUACUCAAGUAACAUCCGAUUCGAAUUCCAUUAGCUCGUCAAGGUGUACCAACAGAUCACAGACUUGCAAUACUUUAAAGUUUACGGAUAUUAUGAGCAAUCAAGAAGCUUUACCUGUUGGAAGAAAAAUGGCAAACGUAAAUUUAGUUGUGUUACACCGACAACAAUAUAGAUCUAACAAUUCCGUAACAACGUAUACCGAACCAAUUUGUGUAGAAAUGUUUUACAAUCCCCGUCAAAGUGGUGUUGCUAGAAAAUUCUUUAGAAAACAGCGUCGUCAUACAAAAAACAAUAAUCUCGGUCCUAGAAAACAAGGUGACGGUGGUGCAACAAGCGAUGCAGGUAGUUGCAUUUCUGUACCGCGACCUGCUGCAAAGUUAGAAACUAAUAUAGACCAAACUAUCUUAAGCACUAGCGCGAAAGUAAAUAAUACAAAUAUUCAUGUCGAGCUAAAUCCAAUAAACGAUAUUAAAAAUAUUAACAUUCUCUCGGAUAGCGGUGGUAGUAUGUCGGAAGAAAUAAGUGUUCCAAUGCGCUUUGUUAUCGGUCAUGAAAGUCUUCUUCGAAAUGUGAGAAAAAUCAAUAACAAUUGCAGAUUGCAGGACCAUAUAAGCGUUAAUACAGUAUUAAAUUCUUCUAGAAACGAUUCUUGUCAAAAGCUAGAAGUUAUGAAUACAACUUCGCACGAUUCAGAUAUAGACAUAAAAACGGACGAAGAAAAGUACUUACGAAAUGUUUCGCAACAAUGUAGCUUAGAAUAUAGUUCGGAAGUAGAAUCUACUACCCAAAUGACUAGUGAGAAAAGUGAUCAUAAUUUACCAGAAAUUUAUGAAACUGUAGAAACAGGUGUAGAAGAACAAUUUGUAAGAAAAAGAUGUCAAAGUAUUAACGAAUCGUACAAGACAGACAAACAACACUGUAAAACAAAUUUAAAAUGGUUGUCUCAUUCUAAUAGCAUGUACUGUCUUCCAAUAGACACUGCAAAAGCAUUGAGAAAUAAUUAUUGUAGUUCAUUGAACGACAUCUCUUCUGUUAUCGAUUCGAAGAAUUGCAAAUAUUUAAAACCGUCAUUCACGAAUUUGCAAUCAAUCACGAACUCGCAUUUGUACAAUCAAGUUUCUAUUUCUCAAAAAUCAUUCAGUCAGUCAGAAUUAUCAUUUUCCGAAGUAAAUAGCUUAACUAGCGAUAACGUGCAUAAUUUAGUACAGACAACCGUUAAUUCUUCGUUGAAUAUCGAAUGUAUACCUAAAGUAUGUACUAACGAGUACAAUUUUUGUUUUACCGCGGAGGUAACUUUACCUAGUUUAAAUUGUACAAAUGUUGCGCAAGAUUCUAAAGAAAAAACUACAGACUCUCUGACCGAUAUUAGAUCACUUAUGUCAAGCCCUUGCAAUAUUGUAAAAUGUUUUGAUUCAGGGAACGAUGUAGAAAGUGUAAGCAAAAAUUCAAAUUUAGAUAGUUUACAACAAAUUGAAGUCAGUAAAAUAUACUUGAAAAAUCCAAAUAUUUAUCUACAAGUAACCAAAAAAGAAACAAGCGUUUAAUCCGAUUAUUUUACUUGAAAUGUAACAAAUAAUCUGUUUAUUUUAAUAGAAUCGUUUCAUUCGGAGAAGUAAACAUAAUUUCUGCUUACACUUACAUUUUUAUUAAAUCUAGAAAACUAUCCAUAUGUAUAUUAUUCUACCAAGUUACUGUUUUUACAGAGUUACAGUUCCUAUAAUGACAAAAAUUAUUCUUUCUUACAAAAAUAUUCUCUUAGCCUUCCUAUUUUUUGCUGAAUGCCAAAUAUUUCCUACAUAUAUUUUUCUUUAGAUAGAAAUGUAAGACAUUUACGUCGCCAAUUUACGUAACAAUCAAAGUAUUUAUUUAUUGAAGAAAGAAUGUAUAUAGUUAAUAGAAAUGA